AUGUCUCCGGGACGAACAAAGGACGAGCUCCGCAUCUUCACCCCCGUCGGCCAAUUCGGCCAGGGAUGGAACUCGAGCGUCUUCUGGGAUGUGGUGGACUCUGGUGUCGACGCCAUCAUCGCCGACGCCGGCUCGACCGACAGUGGGCCUGGACGUCUCGCGCUAGGCAAGACGGCAGCCUCCCCGGCUGGAUACAAGAGGGACUUUGGCGAGCUGGUCAAAGCAUGCCACACCCACGGCGUCCGCUGCCUCAUCGGCUCUGCCGGCGGUUCUGGCUCGAACGAGCUCGUCGACAUGAGCACUCGGCUCAUCAAGGAGAUCGUCGAGGAGAACGGCUACCGUCCGAUGAAGGUCAUCAGCAUCUACGCCGAGAUCCCCAAGGAGACCGUCCGGCAAAAGUUCAAGGACAACCUCAUGAGUCCGUGUGGCCAGGCUGUGCCCCAGCUCAAGGAGGAAGACAUCGACUCUGCGGUGAGGAUUGUCGCGCAGAUGGGCUUGGAGCCCUAUGUCAAGGCGAUGAACGAGAACCCGGACUUUGAUAUCAUCAUUGGUGGCCGCUCUUAUGAUCCUGCCCCCUACGCGGCGUUUUGUCUCCACCAUGGAUUUGAAGAUCUGGGGAUCAACUAUGCCAUGGGCAAGAUCAUGGAAUGCGGUGCACAGUGCGCGAUCCCCAAAUCCCGAGAAUCGCUCGCAAUUGUGCGCCGUGACAACUUCGACUUGAUCCCGCUCCAGCCUGGAGCACGAUGCACUCCCCUGUCCGUGGCAGCCCAUCUCCUGUACGAGAAGAGCAGACCAGACAUCCUCCAAGGGCCAGGCGGCGAGCUGCACACCAAGGAUAUGACGUACGAGCAAGUCGACGAACGGACCGUGAGGGUGCGGGGCCCCAAAUUCGUUCCCCAGCCCGAAGGGGAGUAUACGGUCAAGACCGAAGCGGCGCGGAUCAACGGCUAUCAAAACAGUUUCGUGGGCGCGUUCCGGGACCCGAUCCUGAUUUCGCAGCUCGACACGUGGAUCCCGGCCGUCAAGGAGACGGUCAGGGCCAGGAUGUCGGGCGGUUACGAGUACGAAACCAAAAUCAUCACGUACGGGAUCAACGGCGUCAUGGGCGCGCUCGAACCGGACAAGAGUCUCCCCAAGGAAGUGUGCGUGGUCGUCCAGUGCCGGGCACCCACGCAGGAGCAGGCCAACGAGGUGGCCAACAGGACCAAGAUGGGCUUGACCCAUGCGCCGUACCCCGGACAGCUCGCGACGGCAGGGAACUUUGCGUGGCCGAUCACGCCGUGCGAGACGCCCAUAGGCCCGAUCCCGGAGUUCUGCAUGUACCAUCUCAUCCACAAGGCGGAUCCGGUCGGUCUGUUUCCUUUCCGUGUGGACGUGUUUGAAGGAUCCAACACGUUUGUCGAUACUCGUGAAAAACUCCCCGUCAAAGCCGACGCCGCCGUCUCCCUCAUCAAGCCUUCUGGGCCUGCCGCCCCAGGCCAACCGAGGAAAUAUUACCUCCAACCCGCCCCUGCCACAGGGACCUGCUACCUGGGCGACAUCGCCUCGGUGGUACGAAGCAAGAUCGCCGGCCCCUACGAAGUGACCUUUGACAUCAUGUUCCGCGAGGAAGAGGUGUACCAGCGCGUCAAGAACGCGAACGUGCUCUCCGGCGCCGCGGUGGCCAAGCUGUACAAUAUCCCCGAAACUGACGUCGUUGCCGCACUCUGGUGGGACCCAGCCAGGGCGUUCAAGGCGACCAUUCCACGGUACCGCGCCUCAGCCGGGUUUGAGGAGACGGACACGCACGGGUCGCAGCAGCACGCGCCUCUCCUGUUCUUGACGCUGCCAUGGGGGAGAGAGUAG